AUGACCACUGAGGCCCCAACAACAACUGAAGCUGUGACUACUUUAGCUGCGGCAACUACUUCAGUCCUGACAACUGAAACUGUGACAACCACUAAGGGCUCAACAACCACUGGAGCUGCCACAACUUCAGCCCCUACCACCACUGAGGCACCAACAACUGAAGCUGCAAUAACUACUUCAGCCCCUACCGUACAGGCUGAAACAACCAAUGAGACCCGUGCUAUCAUUGAGAACCCAACAACCACUGCUACAGAGGCCAGGACAACUGCUGGGGAUGGCACAACCACUUCACCAGCAACUUUAGCUGCUGUCACUUCAUCCACUACUACUACUAAGAAUCCAACCACCAUUGAAGCAGCAACUUCAACUUCAGUCCCCACUAUUGAGGCCCAAACAACAACCACUUCAAUUCCAACAGCCGAAGUUGUGACAACCACUGAGCUCUCAGUACCACUGAAACCCAGACAAUCUCUGGAGUUGCCACAAGUGACCACUUCAGCCCCUACUGCCACUGAGCCACCAAAACCACAGACAAUGAAACAACGACUUCAUCCUCUAUUACCACUGAGGUACCAAAGUCCAGAGCUACAACUACUUAAGCCCAACUACUACACUGAAACGAACAAUGAGAUCCCUAAUCCUUCUGAUAACCCAACAACCACUGAAGCAGGAACCACUACUUUAGGCCCGACUAUUACAGACACCCAAACAACCACUAGAGAUGCCACAACCACUUCUGUCCCAACAGUAACGGAAGCUGUGACCUCUUCAGCUCCUGCAAAUAAUUCAUCCCCUUCUACCACUGAGAAUCCUACACCGACUUUAGCCCCCACUACCACUGAGGCUCUAACAGCCACUGCAGUUGCCACAACUAUUUUAGGUCGAACAACAGAAGUUGUGACAAUCACUGAGGCCUCAACUGCUGAACCUGACACAACUUCAGCCCCUACAACCACUGAGGGCCUAAGAAACACUGGUGCUGCCACAACCUCAGCACAUACAACCACUGAAGCCCCAACAACAGAGGCUGUAACAACCACUUUAGCACCUACUACCACUGAUACUGCCACCAAUGAGGCUCCAACAACCACAGAGACUACAGCCAAUUCAGCCCUUGCUACCACUGAGGGCCAUCAACUGCUGAAACUACCACAACCUCAGCUUCUACAACUGAAGCCUUACUACUAUUGA